AUUGAGGAGCCUUAAAUGCGUUGUAGUGAAUCUCUGGUGGUUUGUGAUGUUGCUGAAGACCUGGUGGAGAAACUGAGAAAAUUCCGGUUUCGUAAAGAAACCAACAAUGCUGCCAUUAUAAUGAAAAUCGACAAGGAUAAGCAGUUGGUGGUACUGGAUGAGGAGCAUGAGGGUAUUUCUCCUGAUGAGCUAAAGGAUGAACUGCCUGAGAGACAACCUCGAUUUAUUGUGUAUAGUUACAAGUAUCAGCAUGAAGACGGAAGAGUUUCCUACCCGCUGUGCUUUAUCUUCUCCAGUCCAGUUGGAUGUAAGCCUGAACAGCAGAUGAUGUAUGCUGGGAGCAAGAAUAAGCUUGUACAGACAGCUGAACUCACUAAGGUAUUUGAAAUAAGAAAUACAGAAGACCUAACUGAAGAAUGGCUGCGUGAGAAACUUGGCUUCUUCCAUUAAGAAAAUCUCUGUAAUAAGUAUUUAUGUACCAUCCUGAUAAUACUGGAACCAGACAUGAAUACUUACAUCUAAAAAUGCACUGUAUUUACAUCUGUUUCCUGCAGUACAUCUCUUGUGCAAAGUUUGUGCAAAGAAUAGCAGGUCUGUCUCCUUGAAGUAACAAAUCUUUGCAGGUGUUUCCUUAUAUGUACCUGUUAAAAGGGAAUACUUCUCUGCAGGGAAUCCUUUUGCACUCUUGUGACUAAUAUUUCUAUAACUAAAAUCGUUCAGUUCGGGAUUUAUAGCUAUAUACAAACAUAACUUGGAAGCUGACGCUAACUUUUCUGAGCUACAGAUGCAUCCUUAUGAGGUAUACUAGCCAUUUAUAUGCAAAAAUCGUGUACUGUCACUUACUUGUCAGAAUUUUUGACCUAAUGCCUUCUCAAUUUUGAAAACUAUUCCCUGGAAGCAGUUAGUAUUAAAAAGGCAAAAUCCUUGUACAGCAAACCCAUCCAUUUAUCCCUUCAUUGAGUUCAUAUGAAAUUUCUCAAGUUCUCGGAACUAAUUUUUGUCAUUCCAGUAAUUCCUCAGCUGACUGAGUCAAUCUUAACUAAAUUUCAGGGCAAAGCUUUGUCCACUUCUCAUGCUAAUACAGUCUUGCAGGAACUAGAAGAUAACUAAGGGCUGAAUUACAACUCUGGUUGCUUUCAUACCAGAUGUCUUGCGCAUAUAACUUAUUACACUGUUAAGAAGUUUACCUCUGCUCAUUUCCUCUUAUACGAACACCUGUUAAUACUGUGUGCCUUUAAUUUGUUAGCUUUAAAAUGACUUGAGAAUUUUACACUGCCACUUAUUACGAAUUUGGUAAAAUCUUUGUUAAAGAAUCCAAGUAACAUUUCCUCCUAGUGCCUAGUGUUGCAGUUGACAUCUAUAAAACAAAAGCUAACCUCAUUCUCCUUGAAAUUCCAGUCAUCUGCUCCAUUUGUAGGAGUCCAGGAGGUUAAAGCCUUUCAUGAUACUGAAUGAUUUAUAUCUCUUUUUGUUACAGAAGUUGGCCACACAGAGCUUUUUGAGUAUUUUAAUGACAGUCUCUAACUUUCUUAACUGCUUGUUGGUCAAAAGUACAUUCCAAGUGAAGCUUUUGCAUAAGUGGUGAUUUGAUUUUUCAUUUACUUACGGUUCAUCUCUUUGAAACAGUAAAGAUUCUAAUGUGAAUAUAGUAUUUAACUUUUAUAAAUGACGAGUCUUUUUACAGAUCUGUUUUAUAAUGAGUAGAAUAGUUGUCUGAUAGGGGACAUGUUCAGCCAAUGCAGUGGCAAAAGGAGUACUCGUGACAGUAUCUCACUAUCUUGCUCAUGAGUGUUUGUUGUGCUACUGAACAAGAAUCUGCGUAAGAGCAGCUUCCUGUUGAUAACACACCUUAAAAUACAGCUGCCCUAACAAAUUUCUUUGGUGAGAAGGAAUGCAGUGUUAAAUUUGGAGGCCAGUAUUUCAUGCUGUGAAACCUUUGCUGAAAGGAGGUUUAUUUUUUGUUUGUAAACAUAUGUUGUGUUAGUGGUUUUAACACUAAUUCCUGUAAGAUCACAAGGAAUUUAUUUGCAGGGGUCAUCAGUGUUGGUAUCUCUCUUCUUAGUUUGAUGUUACUGCUCAUCUAUUUGUAUACAAAUCUGACUCGAGAGGAGCUCUUCAAAAUACAUGCUAGGAUGAUUCAAUUAAAUCGAUCUUUCAGUGCUGGAAGGAAAUGCUUGUAAUUAAAAUCAAAUUUCUCUUAACAUAUUGAACUGGAAAAAACAUUUCAUUUCCCUGGACAAAAAAUGUAGAUUAUGAAACUGUUGCUCGGUUAUUCUGUACUAGAGAUCAAUAAAAAAUUUCUUUUUUGA